AUGAUCGAAGAAUUCAUCACCCAGAUGAGCCCCGGGAGAGCCGCUCUCUGCUUUCUCGGGGCCCUGGUCGUGCUGUUCACGCUGCGCAAGAUGCAGGUGUCGAUGAAAAUUGCCCGUCUGGGGGGUAGGGCGCCCCAAGUCCGGUUCUAUCUGCCAUAUGCCAUGGAUUUCAUCUACAGGUCUUCCAAAGCCAACAGGGAACACAGAGACCUCGAAUUCUUCACCGAGGCUAUGAGAACCGCCAAAGGGGCUGCUGCACUAGACAAUCCCAAGACAGCCGAGGUCAACGCGGGGAUGGCUGCACGGGUCAUUUUCACCAAAGAUCCCGAGAAUAUCAAGGCGCUUCUCACCGGACAGUUCGCAGACUACGGCAAAGGCGAGUCGUUCCAUCAAGACUGGAGAGAAUUCCUCGGCGACAGUAUCUUCGCCACUGAUGGAGAACUCUGGUCUCGCUCGCGACAUCUCAUUCGCCCCAUGUUCGUUCGUGACCGGAUUGUCGACACGGAGAUCUUUGAGAAGCAUGUCCAACAUUUGAUUCCGCUCUUGGAGGGCAGUAGCUCGCCUACGGGGAGCAAAAUUGUCGACGUGGGAGAGCUCUUCUUUCGCUUUACCUUGGAUGCUUCAACCGACUACCUCCUUGGACAAGGAACCGACAGUCUCCAGAACCCGGAAACCGAGUUUGCAGAAGCCUUCCGAUAUGUUCAGCACCGUCAGGCCUUGUUUUUCCGGAUGGGCGUAUUUGGCCCUUUGCUGUCUCGAAAGAAGUUCCGCGAGCAGCUCAAGGUGAUGGAUGACUUCAUUCAGCCCUACAUUGACCGAGUCCUCUCUCUAUCCACCGCGGAGCUGGACCAGAAACUGUCCAAGAAGGAAACCUUCCUCGACGCUCUUGCCCGCUUCACGCGCGAUCCUCGCGUUCUCCGGGACCAACUUGUCGCCGUUCUCCUCGCCGGACGAGACACAACCGCCGGAACCCUCUCCUUCUGUCUCUUCGAGCUUUCUCGCAACCCUGAAAUCGUCGCGAAGCUGCGCGAAGAAAUCCGCUCCCGCGUCGGCCUCGGUGCCAACGGCCAGAAGCCGACCUACAACGACCUCAAGGAGAUGAAGUACCUGAACGCCGUCCUAAACGAGACCAUGCGACUGUACCCCAUUGUCCCGUUCAACGUUCGCUUCUCGCUCCGCGACACGACCCUACCGCGCGGUGGAGGCCCCGACGGCCGCGCCCCGAUCGGCGUGCUUGAGGGCACCAGAGUCAUCUACUCGACGAUGAUCAUGCAGCGUAGUCCGGAAUUCUACCCGCCCCCGGGGUCGCCCAACUACUUUGAUCCGCAGAAGUGGCAUCCUGAGCGCUGGAUUUCUGGCUGGCAGCCCAAGCCGUGGCAGUUUAUCCCGUUCAACGGUGGGCCGCGCAUCUGCAUCGGACAGCAAUUCGCAACAAUCGAGAUGGGCUACACUGUCGUUCGGAUCUUGCAGGCGUUUGAGCAGGUCCAGGGGAUUCCUGCUGCGGGCAAGAAUCGGAUUGAAGACCCGGUGCUUCAGUUUGAGGUUACGCUCAGUCCUGGUUCAGAAUUGAACUGCAUUUUUGUCAGGGAUGGUGAGGGUAUCAAAGAAUCUGAAACGGGUUAG